UUGUGAUCUAAUGUUACAAAAACUUAUUCCAAAUAUGGAAAAUGCUGAUAUUCUAGAAUUCUUCUCAAUCAUUCGUAUUAUGAGGUUAUUCAAAUUGACACGUCACUCAUCUGGCUUGAAAAUUUUAAUACAAACAUUCAGGGCAUCAGCAAAGGAGUUGACUCUUUUAGUGUUUUUCUUAGUAUUAGGUAUCGUUAUAUUUGCUAGUCUUGUUUAUUAUGCGGAGAGAAUUCAAACGAAUCCGCAUAAUGAUUUCAAUAGCAUUCCACUUGGAUUAUGGUGGGCUCUUGUAACAAUGACUACUGUUGGUUAUGGUGAUAUGACACCCAAGACAUACAUUGGAAUGUUCGUUGGUGCUUUAUGUGCUCUGGCUGGUGUAUUAACGAUUGCAUUACCCGUUCCUGUUAUCGUUAGUAAUUUUACGAUGUAUUAUUCACAUACACAAGCUCGUGCGAAAUUACCGAAGAAGAGACGACGAGUAUUACCUGUUGAGCCUGCUCGACCUGCACGGAUACCAGGUCAAGUUGGACCAGGAAGUGGGACUCAAGGUUCAGGAAAAAUCAUAGGCUCAAAUGCACCAAGCACAAACAGUAUGGAUGCAAAUAUACGCCGAAUGAACGCGGCUAAUGCCAAAAAUUUAGGCGGUGGACCAAAAAUGGGUAUGCAAAAAAUCGAGAAUUUUUAAAUAAAUUUUUAAUUUUCGUAAAAAGCGAUGUCUUUAUUUUUACGAUUUUAAAAAUUCUUCAUCAUCUUUUGCAUUAAUAUAUAAAAUAUGAACAUAUCGACAUCGAAAAAAAAAAAUCCCAAAUUGUAUAUAUAUCAACAGCAAUCCCAAAAAAAACAUCUUAUCUAUCAAUAGAAGGAAAUAUUUUUAUAUAACUUUCUCAAUAUCAACGAACUCGAGACAUAAAGAAAUCUUUCAAACGAAAAAAAAGGAAAAUCCAGCAAUGCGAAAUUACUUUUUUUCUAUUUUUUCUUUAAAUUGUUUUUUUUUACUUAAAUAAGAAAGUUCGAUAAACAAAAAGUGGUUCUUGUAAGCAUUCGAGUAGAAAGCAUGAAGUUGUACAGGUACUCAUAAUAUCUCAAUGAAAUAGAUAGACAAAGUCCCUAAAUUUAUAAAGAAAUUCACGGUGCGUCAAAUUCGAGAAAUUUGAUAUGAUUUGAAGGACAAAAGGCUCUCUGAGAUUCAGAAACAAUAGCAGCUGUAGAAUUCGAUCCUUUUAGUCUAUUUAGAACUUUUUCUUCAAAAUAAAAAGAGAUAUCAAGUAAGGUCUAGAUUGAUUUUGCACACUUAUAAGUAUCAAGAAAAUCUAGUUCAAAAGGCAAAAGAAUUUUCAUUUGCACGAAUAGACUGUAAAGCAAUUUAAACAGUAGGGAAUGUUUUGAGAAAAGUCUCAGUUGAUUCUCAAAGUAAACAAUCUUAAUAUAGGAAAUAGAUGAGAACAGAGUAAGGUUACCUAUAUAUAUAAUCAUAAGUCAAUGAAAGUUUAUUGAUUUGUAUGAUUCUCUCAUGACUUAUUGGGACGUAAAGUUUUGAAGCUAAACAAAGAAACUGGAUUUAGAGCUUGCUUGUUUAUUUAAGGCACAUCAAAAAUAUAGGAUGAUGCAGCUAGAUUCAUUUCUAAAGGCAUGUAUUUACUAAACCUGAAUAGAACGCAGACAAAUAUUUCCCGAAACAUUGAAACUUUGAUAACGCGGUCUAAGUUCUAUACUGUAAUAGCAAUUAAGUUAUCCCCAGGUUAAGCCUUCCCAAGGAAAUCAACUUUUUAUCAUUGUUUGAAUUUUAACCUUUCAAAGUGAACUUAUACAUCCUUUCUUUACACAUUUAACUAAAGAUAAUUACUAAAUCUUGAUGUCAAUGCUCUCAAAAAUUCAAUUUUACAACCUUCAUCUCAAAUAAGAUAGCCAUCAACAUAUUAUUACAUUACAAUUUUGCUUUAACUUUCAAAAUCAAGUAUCUGUAAAUAAUUUAGAAAAUAAAUUGAUUGAAUCACCCUUGAGGCUACUCUGACCGAACAAAAAUUGACUUGGUUUGUGGUUUUUAUAUAAAAACUUUCAAGUGAACAUCAAGUUUACUUUUUAUAUUCUUUGGGUUAGAAUUCGAUUUAAGAAAAUUCAAAACAUUUGAAAAUUUAUAUUUAAAAAGAUAUUUCUUGUGGCUUUCUUUGAACAUAGAAGAUUGCUUUAAGGAUGACUCUUGGAUUUAAAAAUAACACAAAGGUUGUCUAGUGACAAGCUCAUCUCACAAAUUGCUUAGAUACAAGCACUAAUUAAAUUAUAUUAUGAACCAUCAGAGUCCAUUGCCUUUAAGAAAAUUUUCCAAUCUGAUGCACCGUGGAAACGCCUGGAUUAUAUAAUUAAUAACGAAUAUUUUCCUCAAUUUAAAAAAUAUAUAUUUACGAUUUUUCCAAAAGAUAUUUAGCUAUUAAUAGAAAUUAUUGUUAAUCAUUAGUUUUGCUUUUAUAAAUAUAUAUCACCCCAAUUAUUCUCACAUCCUACUUCAAAAAAUUUCUCAUUUUUUUUUUGUUUAUUUGUAUACGAGUAGAUCUGACUUUUCUUUCAACUUUUUGUGUAAAAAUUCCA